AUGCCCGUUCCAACAUUGAACGACGAUAUGCCAAUGUUGGAAAAAUAUCGACAACGUUCCAGGUUUGAGCCAAUUGCCAUGGUCACGCUCAAUCCUUCCCAACCCCACGCUUGUCCUCCCACCCUCUCUCCCACGCCGCCCGCCGUUUGCAAAGACGGCACAGCGUCUGUUGAACUACAUCGGUCAAGGCCAAGGGAGGUCAGCACUGCCGCAGACAGUGUUACCGCAAGGCUAUUCGAGCCAGCUCGCAGCUACCCCUACCUCCCAGUCAAGCCAGGCUUUACGACACAGGCCGGAUACGGAUAUUGGUGUGGCUGGCAACUCACUCGUGACUUUCUCCCUUGGAGUGCAAGUUCAUGCGGUCGUCAGAUUCAAAAUGGAGCCUCAAUAGGGGGAAUGGGUGAAGGAAGCGGCGGCAGCACACAUGAUGCGUGUUUCUUCUUCUUCUUCCCCUCUUCACCAGGUCGGAGGCUUGGGUUUGACUGGUGUGGUGAAGUAGAGGAACUUGAUGAAGCUGCUGGGAACGGCACACUGUAUACAUGUCUGGUUCCGGUUGGUGGUGCCUGCGGUACGACAUUUCACCUCACCAGCGAUCUUCGGGCGGCGACUUUUGCUUCGCCGUAUUCUCCCAAAGAGGAAGGAACUGGCUUCGUAUAUCACCAACAUGAUGCCUCGAGGCAGUGUAAACGAGUUGAUGAGCGUUUAGUGUCCCAAGACGCCUUCUUCCAAGGGACACUUGUCGCCAUCGACACCGCUGAACUUGGUAUCUCCGACGUCUUUACAGAGUUGCUGAACAAAAGUGCGCAACAUGACUUUAGUUGCUACGUUCCAGCCGGAGUUGCCUCCCUCGAGCCUGUCUAUUAUCUGCCCGUUACAUCGGCCUCCAUUACUUGCCCUUCAGCGAGUCGGUUCCACGGCGUCAUGACACUUCAGUCUUGCUUCAAGCUCGCGUGUUUCGAGAAAAUUUUCGCCUCAGGGACAGCACUCUAG